CUGAGCAUCAUCGAUGGAUGCUUUCUUUUCCCUCCCUGCAGCCUUCUUCAAUUCAGACAGCUACUAAUAUCUGCAACUCAAAGUAUAUUCCUGCUCCUAUUAACUCCAUCGAUCUCCAUUGUUGUGCACUGGAGAGCUAGCUAUCAGAGCAGAGUAGCAAUGGAGAGGACGACGGAGGAUGAUGAGAGGCCGACGGUUCCUCUGCUGGAGCCUAAGCCGGCGAGCAACGAGGAGGAAGAAGAGGUUGGAUCGGUGAGGCGGCGAGUGGUGGAGGAGAACAAGAAGCUGUGGGUGGUGGCGGGUCCUUCCAUCUGCGCCCGCUUCUCCUCCUUCGGCGUCACCGUCAUCAGCCAGGCGUUCAUCGGACACAUCGGCGCCACCGAGCUCGCCGCCUACGCCCUCGUCUCCACCGUCCUCAUGCGCUUCAGCAAUGGCAUCCUGCUUGGCAUGGCGAGCGCAUUAGAAACAUUGUGUGGACAAUCAUAUGGCGCCAAGCAAUAUCACAUGUUGGGUGUCUAUCUACAACGCUCAUGGCUAGUUCUCUUCUGUUGUGCAGUCAUCCUUCUCCCGGUCUAUAUCUUCACAACUCCACUCCUGAUUGCUCUCGGUCAAGAUCCUGAGAUCUCUGCCGUCGCUGGCACCAUCUCUCUAUGGUACAUCCCCGUAAUGUUCUCUUACAUAUGGGCAUUCAUGCUCCAAAUGUACCUACAAGCGCAGAGCAAGAACAUGAUUGUCACUUACCUUGCCUUCCUCAAUCUUGGGAUUCACCUCUUCUUGUCAUGGCUCCUAACAGUCAAGUUCCAACUUGGUCUUGCUGGGGUCAUGGGAUCCAUGGUCAUCUCCUUUUGGAUCCCUGUGUUUGGCCAACUCGCUUUUGUCUUCUUUGGUGGUUGCCCUCUAACAUGGACAGGGUUCUCAUCCUCUGCUUUUACUGAUCUUGGUGCUAUUAUGAAGCUUUCGUUAUCGUCUGGAGUGAUGCUUUGUUUAGAAUUGUGGUACAACACCAUAUUGGUGCUCCUCACUGGUUAUAUGAAGAAUGCAGAGGUUGCUCUUGAUGCUCUUUCUAUAUGCCUUAAUAUCAAUGGUUGGGAGAUGAUGAUUUCUAUCGGAUUUUUGUCUGCAAUAGGAGUGCGGGUGGCAAAUGAACUUGGAGCCGGGAGUGCAAGAAGGGCUAAGUUUGCCAUUUUCAAUGUGGUCACCACUUCUUUCUUGAUAGGAUUUGUGUUGUUUGUGCUCUUCCUUUUCUUCCGUGGAAGCCUUGCAUACAUAUUUACUGAAAGUAAGGCAGUAGCAGAUGAAGUCGCUGAUCUUGCUCCCCUUCUAGCUUUCUCCAUUUUGUUGAAUAGUGUUCAACCAGUGCUCUCAGGUGUCGCUAUCGGAUCGGGUUGGCAAAGUGUAGUUGCCUAUGUUAAUGUUACAUCGUACUACUUGAUUGGUAUCCCUCUUGGUGCAAUACUAGGCUAUGUGCUAGGAUUUCAAGCAAAGGGCAUUUGGAUCGGCAUGCUUCUUGGAACACUAGUCCAGACUCUUGUGCUUCUAUUCAUCACACUUAGGACCAAUUGGAAAAAACAGGUAGAGAUUACUCGAGAGAGAUUAAACAGAUGGUAUAUGGAUGAGAACGGACGAUCACAGAAUUCAAUAGGAAAUGCAUGAUAUAAAACUUCUGCACACUUGUAAAGAAUUUUGAUGAUUUAUGAAUCAACCUGUCAAAAUGGGAUUGUGCUCGGAUUUAAGAUUUUCAAGGUUUGAACUUUCAAAAAAAAAUCAUCAAGGUCACGUAUCCACCAAAGAACAAUUUUAAUCA